UCUCCCACCAGUCCACCACUCCCAGCUACCCACCGAAACUCUAGGGUUUCCCAACCACCCCCGCAACCGCAAACCCCCACCCAGGAACAACUCGAUCCGAAACCACCCCACCACCACUCCCGACGAUGUCGACAGCGGCGGCGCAGGGCGGCGAGAAGCCGGCGCUCAGGAAGCCUGUGUUCGUCAAGGUGGACCAGCUCAAGCCGGGCACCAACGGCCACACCCUCAUCGUCAAGGUCGUGAGCGCCACCCCCGUCCCUGGCCGCGUGCGCACUGGUGCGCCCGCCUCCUCCUCCGCCCGCGCCCCCCGCAUCGCGGAGUGCCUCGUGGGCGACGAGACUGGCUCCAUCAUCUUUACCGCCCGCAACGACCAAGUUGACCUGUUGAAGGCUGGUGCUACAGCCAUCUUGCGCAAUGCUAAAAUUGACAUGUUCAAAGCUUCGAUGAGGCUUGCCGUGGACAAGUGGGGGAGGGUAGAAGCUACAGAACCUGCCAGCUUUACUGUGAAUGAAGAGAACAACUUGUCGCAAGUAGAGUACGAGCUGGUUAACGUGGCUGAGUAAUUGUUGAAGUUUCCGUGCCUUUUCCCGCCAUAAAAACGAAGCAUUAUGAAUGAAUAUUAUCAAGCCUUUGGUAAGCUUGUUUAUUUCUUAUGGUGGUAGUAGAUAAGAUCAAGAUUGUAUCACUUGAGCUAGAAUGUUCGAUGGAUCAAACUGAGCUUUCCAUGUAUCUACUGGAUUGUGAUUCCUCUUGGCACUGCUUGUAUUGCUGUUGUAAUGGAACAAGCUCAGUGUGGCGCCAUGUUGCGCUGAGUUUUAGAGAUCAAAUGGAAUGAAUUGCCGUGA